AUGGGGCACACAAUGGCAGACAUGAUCCAAGACUCAGGCUUAGGCCAGGUUCUACGCUUCAUCUCCAAGGGCAAGAUCUCUGCAUUCCCCGAGGAUAACCCCAACUUCAAGAUUCCAUGGGAACAGGCUUCAGCAAGCGAGAAGGAGAAGGAUAUCGAGGCGGACUCUCCAGCCGCAGUUGGUGGAGUCAACAGCAAUGUUUCGACGCCGGCCUCUACUCCUGAGCAGUUCAUUGUCGACCGUCAAGACGUGGAAGCGCAUGCUGGCCUCUCUACAAUCCCAACGGCUCGCUCUGCCGCCCAUUCUGCCACCGGUGGCAUCACUUACCGAACUACUACUCUCUCUAGAGAGCGAACCGUACCUUAUACUCGCGAACGACUCGAAGCUGAAACACAAGAAGCCGCGGAGCGAACGCAGAGUAGCGUCAUUGCACCAGAACGCACUUCUGAUGGUGUCAUUCUCGUCGAUUGGUACACCACAGACGACCCAGCGAAUCCUCAGAACUGGAACAGUUGGAAGAAGGCCUGGGUUGGCUUUGUCAUCUUCAUGUACACGUUUGCUGUUUACAUGGCGAGUGCCAUCUACACCUCAGCCGAACCACAAGUCAUGGAAAAGUUUGGCGUGGGUCAGAGCAAAGCCUCGCUGGGCCUGAGUAUGUAUGUUAUUGGAUACGGUCUGGGUCCGAUGCUCUUCUCCCCCAUCUCCGAAUUGCCUGUCGUCGGACGCAACCUUCCUUAUCUCAUCUCGUUCGGCCUUUUCGUGAUUCUGUGCGUGCCAACGGCUUUGGCCAACAGCUACGCGAGUCUCUUGGUCUUGCGUUUCCUGACCGGCUUCAUGGGUAGCCCGUGUCUAGCUACUGGUGGCGCCACGAUGGGUGACAUGUAUGGCCUUCUCAAACUCCCCUAUGCCCUUACCGCCUGGGUCGCCGCCGCCUUUUGCGCUCCUGCGUUGGGACCAUUGCUAUCUGGGUUCUCCGUCGUCGUGAAAGGCUGGAGGUGGGCUUUAUGGGAGGUCCUUUGGCUGGCAGGCCCAGUGUUUCUCCUGAUGUUCAUCUCCAUGCCCGAGACCAGCGCCAGUAACAUCCUGCUCCGCCGGGCGCAGCGACUACGCAAACUCACGGGGAACCCCAACCUCAAAUCACAAGGUGAGAUUGACCAAGGAAACAUCAGUUUCGGCAAGCUCGUCAUCGAUCAGAUGUGGAAGCCGACGGAGAUCUUUUUGAAAGAUCCCGCGGUGUUCUUCACGAAUGUCUACACCAGUCUCAUUUACGGAGUCUACUAUUCUUUCUUCGAAGCCUUCCCGCUCGUCUACGUCGGCAUCUACGACUUCAACAUCGGCGAGCUGGGCGUGGUGUUCACGUGUAUCGUCGUCGGCUGCGUCUUUGGCAUUGUCAUCUACGUGUCAUACGUCUACUUCUAUCUCGAGCCAGAUAUCAAGAAGAAUGGCCUCCGCGCGCAGGAGCACCGUCUUGUCCCCGCGCUGUUCGCUGUCAUGCUGAUGCCCACUGGCAUGUUCUGGUUCGGAUGGACUGCUGAGCCCAAUACCCAUUGGAUCGUGAGUGUCAUCGGGAUUACAUUCUAUGCUAUGGGCGCGUUUAUACUGUUCCAAUGUAUAUUCAUGUACCUCCCCCUUACGUACCCUCAGUACGCGGCUUCAUUGUUCGCCGCGAACGAUCUGUGUCGGUCGGCGCUGGCGGCUGGCGCGGUCAUAUUCGCGCAUCCGCUGUAUGUUAACCUCGGGAUUGGCCGCGGCAUCUCGCUUUUAGGUGGGCUGCUUGGUGGCGGUGUGUUGGGCAUUUGGGCGUUGUGGUAUUUUGGUGCUGGGCUCAGAGCUAGAAGUAAGUUUGCCAUGCACUAG